GCUCAUAAAUAUUUAUCGCUAAACAUGAAUCGGGUCGAACAUCUCAUCGUCGUUUGAUAGGUUUGACAUGUCGCGAUCGCGCGAAACGUUGCGAUCGGUGCGACAUUGUAUCGGGUGUUGGUGUUUGUUCGUAUGAUAAUACUAAUCCCGAUGCCUGUGUUGCCUGCCCGAGCUGGACAAUUUAUCUUAAUUAUAGGAAAUGUAUCGGGUUUAGCUUAUAUUGCUAGAAGAUGCCGCGUUGCCGCACUGCACCAUUAACCGAUCCGGUUUCAGUUAUUCGCUGUCAUGCUGACAUCGCAAACGUAGAAAGUGGAGCGAUCGUUCAGGAACAAGCGCUCUAGAUCGGCCUAUUCUCGGGGUUUUAGUACGCGGUUCGUCCAGCUGUGAAGAGUGACUUUUUGAAUCAACGUCUAUCGGUGAGGUGACGAUGGUUUUUUUCCCUCCCUGGGAGCCUUAGCACUUACCACAAAACAGCGCGAGCUCCCAUAGAUUUUGAAUGUAGAAAGACCGGUUCCAGAUAGCCUGGGACUGGUUUCGUUGGUCCGCAGGUUUACGUGAGCGAUGUACAAAACGACCCGUCCCGGCUUUAGAUUUCGGUGUGUCCCAGAGAGAGAGAGAUAAAUCUUAAAUUCAAAACUACAAAAUCGUCCAUCAAGCUAAAUCGCCUAUUUUAUGCGGGUACGCAUGCGCGGCAAUAUUAUUCAAGGUAAAUACAGCUAAGCUGUGUCCUUCGAACGCUGGAAUUCAUCGUGUUGAAGGAUGGUUUGUUAAGCCUUCGGUUCCGCUGAUUGAUGCUGAAUCAUAAACAAUCGUGUCUAGUGCAUUCUGUGCCUCAACAAUUAGCCUCUUCUCGCAACGCUGCACCUGAGCUGUCCGUUUAAGAAUGCAAAAGAUUGAUAUGUGCAGGCCGUGCCGAGAAUCGGGAGAUGACAGUAGGUUGGCGAAUGUUAAUUGUCGGUUAAAUACGGUUUCCUGUCGGCUCUGGUGGGUUUUAAGAGCGUUGAUUAGAUGCAAAACGAUGUGACCUACACCGCUUGUUGUUGUGGGGGGCGGCCCUUAUUGGGUUUAAGAACUCACUCUCAACUAGUACACGGGAAUUGUUGAGAUAUUGUUUUCUCAUCGAAAGGAAAUGUUGUUGGGUGUAGAGAAAAAUCCUUGGUAAAAGUGUGAUUUAUAGCACUUGAUUUCAGAACGAUGAUGAGAAUCCCUUCACCGACCAAACAGUAUUCAUGCCGUUAAAGUGCCCAAGAAACUGACCUUCCUUGUGGCACACAAUAUCUACGCAUCCAGCAGGAAGGUUACGACAAAAGAGUUUAAUGAAUAGUUUUGUAGUGGUUUUUGGACUUUUUUUUCUGCUCGUACUACAACUCCCCUUUGGGUUUGGGGUUCACAUUCCGAAUAUCUCUGCGGCGAAGGUUACCCGUAUUGACCGGGGCGCAAUGAUUUACAUCGACAGCACGCGUUUGCGCCCGGUUCGAGGUGUUGGGUAAUGCUGCCGGUCAUUAAAGCCAGUCGGAUAUGAGGGUCACGUUGGCACCUUAGCGUACAUUCCAUUCUUAAAGACCUCGGACCUCCGCCAGACAUGAAGUCGCCGGCAGUGUGUCGAUGUUGUUGUUGUUUUUUUCGAUGUUGACGCAGCAAAAAGGACGAUGCGAGCGUGCUGCAAUCGUAAUCAUCUUGCAAACAUCGAAAGAUGCCAAUGUACCUGUUUCGCCGUUGAAGCCCUGUGUGUAGGUUAAUGAUAUACCCUUUACAAAGAGAUGGUACACUCCUGCGGUUGGAACGGUGUCGCAGCCUGCACAAUGCAUCCCAUGAGAGUUAAAGGCAUCCCAACAUCCCCGUCACCUGUAUCGAAGGUUAAUUGCUGAUUGAAAUCAGCUGCUGUCGAACGCGGGUCAAAAGACUAAGCAGGUGAUGUUUUGGAGGCUAACAAAACAACGGAGAGAAAAACAUAUAUUUCUUCACGCAACCAUGUUCAAUAAAAUGCUUAGACCUUCUUGGUUACCAUUGUUGGUGCUCCGGCUAAGUCACACAGUAAUCGUCAAAUUUUUGACAGCAUCCCAUGGUACGCACGGGGAAGGCGGGAGGACUCCAAUUGGAAUUAAUGUCGUAAAAUAAACGUCGAAAACGAAAGCAAUGCCACUCGCACUCAUUCUCAUGAAAAUCAAAACAUGCAGCCUGGUGGAAGAAAUAUAUGACGCAGAACAGGUAGAGUGGAAAUAAAUACGCUAGCACGUUAAAUAAUCAAACUGACGCGGUCACAUCAAUCAAUCAAGUAAACACAAUUGAAGAAGGGAAUGUGCGUGCGUUGCAGCUCCACUUGGAAUCAGUUUUUUUUCGGACAGAACAAUAUUAGAUCGGUGUAUUUCACAGCGUCAUCGGCAGAGCGGUAGGUCUUUUGGAAAUAGAGGAAACUGAAUCGACUUUGACUCUUCCGCUCUGUAAGGCGUGCUCAUGAAGCACCUUCGUCCAAGAACUUAGAGGCACCAAUUAAUCCAUCAUAAAGCUCAGCGGUGUACUAUUGUGCUGUAUUGAAUUUGUUUAUUUUUUCUAUUGUUCCGCCAUCAUUUUUUUUUGCUGUCCCAGUGGCCCCUCGUAGAAGCUUGGAUCAGGUUAUGAUGAGGUGUUGCUGUUGAUGUUUUGAAUAUUCGCUUUUUUUUUCGGGGUGAGAUACUUCAAGCCGCUUCUCAGGCUAUUUUCUUGUAUCCGCAGUAAUCUUAAGCGUCGCUUAAUGGGAAGGAAACGUCUUGCGUAUCGUCGUGUUCUCUUGGGAUCCAAAACCGGCCAAACCGGACCUUUGCGGGUGUUUUGGUAACCUCCGUAAUAAAUUAUUCAUACAAACGUUUCGCAUCCCUUCCCCUUUUGGUGCGGUCCCCAUCCAUUAGAACGUUCCGCGGGAUUCGGUUUGCAAAUGAAGGCACCUUUCGAGUCACCCGGCGUGUUUAGCAACGCGCGCGAUCUUGCGCGGUAAGUUCCUUUUAUUGGACGACAGGUUGAUCUUUUGUCUUUCAGCAUCAUCUGAAACCCGCUCGCUUGAUAUGCGCGGUCUGACAGUUUUGCGCAGUAAGCAUGUCGAGCCAGACACGGUGUCUCCGCGGUACUUUUCGACGUUAGAUGGUAAGUGUUCUGUGGGACUCGCAGCGCAUACGAAGGUCUGGAUUAGUGCGUUCGGGACGGUGUCGCCAUGGUGGCUACCUCUUUGCACCGACAGAGGCCGGAUUUGCCGAUGAUGAAUUUUGUACACCGAACACCGCAUGUCAAAGUGACGCGGAAUAGAAGGCUUAAGAUGGAUUGCGCUGUGGGAAGAAUUGAUCCCGAUUUUAGCGAUGCGUCAUUCGCGAGCCUCUCAUUGGUGGAUUCAGGUUUUGUGUGCCGAAGUAGGAAGUAGGUUUUGCCCACGAGUUGUUGUUAGCUUUUGUUUUACUUGUUUUCAAUCUGGAGGAGAAACCUACGGCAUAUAAACCUCAGUAACUAAUUACUGAUUCGAAUCACUGCUACAGGUUAGAUCAAUCUAGGCAUGUUACAUCACCUCCCCCAUCGAUCAUCGAGUGCUGAUUAGGGUAUGGUGGAGGCACUUUAGACCGGCUGAGAGAUAUUUCCAUCGUUUGGGCUGGUGACAAAAUGUCUCGUUCGAGUUCAGGCUCUCCACUUCAGAGACCUCUGUUCGUCGUCAGUUGAUGCUGAUCGAUAGUCGCGAGUGGAGUGGAUGGUGUCCCGGUUCCUGAUGCUUGAUUGGUGAAUAAUUGCAUCGCUUAUUGGCUGAUUGUAUGCGGCAUGAGAUGCUUGAUUAAAAGCCACAUUAAACCCCCUCUUUGGUGAAGUCGUUUAACUACAAAAAACCCACCCUCCAACAGUUCCAUAAGGUGCACGUAGCGCGUAUGGGUAAAGUGUAUGCACUCAGCUUGACGGGCAUGGAAUGUGGCACGUUGGAAUAGUGAGUGGUCAGAAUGUACCCAACAAGAGCGACAAGUGAUGUGUGGCAGGUGCUCCAGUACUGGUCCUUUUUUGCCAUCCUCACCACAUCGGGACGAACGUGACCGUGCUGCUACGUUUAGUGUGGUAAUUUAUUGCGCUAGAACCUGACAUGGUUGGAGAUUCUGCAGCAGCCAGGAGUGUAGUUAAUGUUCGCGAUUUAAUCACAGUACUGUGCCGGCAGGGCUUGAAGUAAACUACGGUUCGACUAUAGUGAAACCUGUUACCCUUGUCGCUGCUUCGGUGGAGGGAGGCCACCCGUGUAUGGGUAUUUUUCUUUGCAUUUCGAGGUUCCAGACGUCUAAAUCGGUCGAGGUUUGCCAGUCAUAACACUGGCCCGUGAGUGUGUGUGCCGACUUGGGACGGAGAGAAAAAAAAACAAAACAAUUGUGAGAGGAUACGGCGCCCAGAAUCGUAAAGGAAUGGAGGUAUUCAGACGGUAACGUUUGCUCUGGAUAUUAGCUAAUGAUCGUGACUUCCCCACUUAACUGUGUCCCACCACCAGGGGGAAGACUGGCAUUCACAGUAGCAUAACGGACAGUGUUUUACCCUUGAAGCCCAAGAUCUAAGCCUGAGAAAUGAGUUCAGGCUCGUACAGCGAAGGAACUACAGACUAACCGCAAAAAACGGCAGUUCAGAAGGUGCAAACCCGAUCUCUACCGAGGUGAGAAGACGUGGGUUUGGGAUAGAGAAGAAUUAGCCGAUCGAUUGUACCUCGCCACAAUCUAAACGGAGCUCGAAGCGGCACAAGUGCCUACUUUAGGUUAGAUGUCUGAUCCGAUAAAUAGCAGCAAGUGCAGUGAACGUGAGGAACCACACAGAAAUAGCAGCAGAAGGAUGGCGCAACGGAGAGAACAGUUGCUGAUGCACCUGACGAGAAGCGUUCUAGCGACCGUCCUCAUCAUCAGUCAGUACGUCGAGCGAGUUGACAGUUGGGUGCCAGAUGUCCAGAGCAAGCUACGCAUCCCAUACGAUGCCACCGUGCCGUCCUUUUUCGGUAACAGUACCGAUUACUUCAAGUUGCUCGAUCAGAACGAAAACACGUUACUGGUCGGUGCGCGAAAUGCGGUGUACAACAUCACGAUCGAUCAGCUGGUGGAGCUGCCCGGCCAGCGGAUAACAUGGCCAUCGUCUGACGCACACCGGGAGCUGUGCACGCUUAAGGGGAAGCAUGAUCAAGACUGCCAGAACUAUGUCCGCGUGUACGCACGGGUAAACGCGAACCGGAUAAUGAUCUGCGGGACGAACUCGUUCAAGCCGCUGUGCCGUUACUACAACGUUCUGCCCGGGAAUGGGUCGCUGGUGUACGACAACAAUGAGCUGGAAGCGCAAGGACGCUGUCCGUACAAUCCGCAGCACAACAGCACGUACGUCUAUACCGACGGACAGCUGUACUCGGCAACGGUAGCUGACUUUUCCGGUGCGGAUGCGCUGAUCUACCGAGAACCACAGCGCACGGAACAGUUCGAUAGUAAGCAGCUAAACCAACCAGCGUUCGUCAGUGCGAUCGAGUACAACGGGUACGUGAUGUUCUUCUACCGUGAGGUAGCGAUGGAGUACAUGAACUGCGGCAAGGCGAUCUAUUCCCGCGUGAGCCGGGUGUGCAAAAACGAUAAGGGUGGCCCGUACCCGUUCCAGGAUAAGUGGACAUCGUUCCUGAAGGCACGUCUAAACUGCUCCAUCCCCGGAGAGUAUCCGUUCUACUUUGAUGAGCUACAAGCUACAACGAACGCCAUCAGUGGCACGUACGGCGGAAUGCGCAACAAAAUCAUAUACGGCAUCAUGACAACGCCGGAAAACGCCAUCGGAGGUUCGGCGGUUUGUGCCUUCUCGGUGGAGGACAUUAUGGAAGCAUUCGAAGGACCUUUCAAAGCUCAGCGUGACAUACACUCCAACUGGCUGCAGGUGCCACCGAGCUCGGUUCCCGAACCACGUCCCGGCAAGUGUGUCGACGAUAGUCGUACCCUACCGAAAGCGUUGGUAAACUUCGUGAAAACAAACAACCUGAUGGACAAUUCGGUACCCUCGCUUCACUCCCGACCGGUGUUCACACGCGUCAGUCUGUACUAUCGUCUAUCGGCAAUUGCAGUCGAUCCGCAGGUGAAAGCGCUCGACGGUAACCGAUACGAUGUGAUCUUCGUCGGCACGAACGAUGGCAAGGUGAUCAAGUUCGUGAACAUACUAUCGGCGAACAGUUCGGACGACGUGCGAACGGUUGUGAUUAGUGAAACGCAAGCAUUCCCACCGGGUACGAAAAUUAACGAGAUGACAAUCUCGAAGAAAAACUCGGCCCUUAUCGUGAUCAGCAGCGGGAAGAUCAUUUCACUGCCACUGCACAACUGUAACGAGCAUAGCUUCAAGACCUGCCGGAAGUGUUUGGAGCUGCAGGAUCCUUACUGCGCUUGGGAUGAUUUGAAUCGGGACUGUAAACCGAUCGAAGACGUGCAUGCGUCCGGUGCAUCGAUCGAUCAGUUCUAUCAGCGCUUGGAUGGUGAACGUAUCGGUGAGAUCUGCCGGAAGUAUGACCAUCAGGAACCGACGGUACACACGUACGAAGACAAUGACGUGUAUACACGGAUCGAUGGUUCGGGUGCGGUUGAGAAACCGGACAAAUCGUUCGACCAGCGCAAUGUGCUGAUCGUACACUCGAACCACGGUACGGUAUCGUCGGUUGGGCCGGAAGAUAUCGACAACGAGAUAUCGAUGUCGUCGAUGGAAGGUGACGAGCUAACUAACCGGAUCAUCAACACUCAUCAAUACCAUCAUAAGCCGGAUACAUUCGUAAAGGAAAACUUACGAUUCGCGGCCGGCAAUUGGUCCAUAUUUGUGGUGAUUCUUUUCGUAACUGCACUGCUCGGUAUGGUGGCGGGGUAUGUGCUCACGCGAAGGAUGAGUAAAGGGCAGGCGUGUGAACAUCGAAACCAGUGGCACAGCGGGAAAAGCCUUUCGAUGCUUUCGCAGAACCGCACCAACGGUAAGGAUGUAAAUCUGCUCAUGAACACCACGAACCAGUACCACACGCAGCAGCAAGCGAUUGUGCAACAGCUGCAACAGCACCAUCAAAACAACUGCAAGGAUAAUAUCGAUUUCGAUUACAAAGAUCGAAGCGUUGAGUGCAAAAACUCGACGGAAAACCUCGAGAAGGACAUCAGCAAAGGCAUGGGCACGCUACAGAAGACGCGCCACUUGAAGACAUUUAAACCGUAGUGAGUGUGCAAUUAAGGCAAGGGACAGUAACUGAACCGUUCGAUGUCCGUACGAACCGUUUCGUGCCAAUAACUCUGUGGUGCAUCCGGGAGUUGUGUAUAUAAUCGCAUGCAAGAUCAAUAUCGACCAACCACCUCCAGCCAGCGCGGCAGUUUUGUAGAUUUUCGUUUUAAUGUAAAUGUGCUCGGAAAGAUGUUUAACGGGGCACAUUUCACCACCACUUUCCUCCGCCUCGAAGAAGUGUUUUGCAAUAAUGACACGAGAGUGAGACUGUGUGCUUAGCACAAAACCGAUUUUAACUGGGUUAUAACCGUAACCUAUGCGUAGCCUUUGGACAAUGGUUCUUGUUCGUCCAGCGCGAUGAAAAGAUGUCCUUAGAAGUGCCUCCCUUUCUUGUAGGUGCUUCCAUUCCAGUAGCGUUUGGUAAGCUGCCGCAGAUCGUUUAACCGAAGCGAACGAACGAAUUCUAAGUGUAGCGAUUAUAAAGCUCGCAAACAAUUUGUGCAGCUAAAAUCGGUUAGAAAUUGUUCCGAUAUCGAGGGCUCCCCUAUUUGUCGUAAACUUAUGCGUUCCAAUCAAAAAUCGAGCCGAGCUCGUAUCGUGUUUAGGCUAAGAAAAAACAAAAAAAACAAACAGUGCGAUUGUAGAAAUCAUUAGAACAGGGAGAUCAAAAUUUGCGAACAUUAGUCUGUAGGAAGAACACUCGAGGUUUGUCACUUACACUAGACGGAAAGCGAUACUGCGCCACGCUAAAUUGCAUUAAACCGUGUGGGUCGCACCUGAGAUGGUAUCGUUUUUUUUCAUUACAUUAAUGACAAUUCAUUUAGUGGAUAAGCGACAAGAGACGCAUGUACAGUUACAGCCCAGAACAAGUUGAUAAAAAAGCGAGUAAUUAGCGCGAGAGAAUGGAAUGUAUCGUAAGGUAAAGAAUUUAGUGAAAUUUUUAACUUUUUUUUAUUUGCUAUCAAUAGAUGUAAGGGCUAGGAUAAGUGCAGCGUUUUACCUUAAGUAAUUGGAUUCGUAUGUCGACCUUUAUGUUUUUGUACACCCAUUAAUAGCUAUACAAAAAGAAAGGCGCCAGGAGGUACGGACACGAACUUUUACGAUUUGUACAUCCAUUGAUCGUUAUUUAAUUUUGCUCAAGAAUCUCUGUUUUAAUCGUUGUGGGCAAUGCAAAGCGACGAAGAAAACAAACAAUUUAAAUACAAAAAUACUCUACGAAUGAUGUGAUGUGACUCCGGUUCAGCGCGUGUGCAUGGAACUUUAUGUUGUUUUUUUUUUGCAAUUACGCUCAGUAUCAUGCAAUUUAACUGGUUUAUAUAGCAUUAUCCCACCUCAUUGUUUUGUUUUCAUAAUCUUUCAAUACUUGUCAGUCGAACUCAAUCUUAAUCAUGCGAUUAAAACGAACCAACAAAACAGCACGAUUAGCGUGUAAGCGAAACAGAAAUAAUUUAUGCCACCGAGACUGUAGCAAAACAGUGUUAUUGUUUUUAAUUAUAUCAAAUAGCUAUUACCUAUUGCUCCAUUAAACACACGUUCGAUGCAAUAUUAUAGAACAAAUAGAAGGUAUGAAUGUUGUAAUAGUUUAAGCUUGCUGCUAGUAGUAAAGUGUUUGUAAUCGAAUCAUGAGCAUAUAACAGUGGACGACGGUACAGGCGAAACAAUGUGAUAAAAAUGAGUAUUUUAAUUAUUUUUUUUCGAGCCUAAACGUCCUUACAGUGUGUACGUAUGCGUGAGUAUGUGUGAUUGGAUGCGUGCGUAUUUGUUGUAUCUUAUAGUGUUAAUAGUGUGUAGCGUUCGCAGAAAGAGCUUAUUGAGGAAAAGAAAAAAAAGAAAAAAUGGUAGCAAACCAUCACAACUCGACUCAUAUGCUCAUAUAUCAUAGAUAAACGAUCAAGUAGUAAUGCAGCUGUGCUGUGUGAAGGUUACUUGUUGUAGCCUUUUUACUAUGCAAACAAAAAAUCCACAUAUUAAAACCCUCAGCCUUUGGACAGUGAUUUCGUUCCAAUUUGUGCCUGUAAGUGAACAUACAGAAACCGACAGCAAUAGAUAUGAGGUGAGGAAGAAAAAAUCCUUUUUUUUCGGCGCAAACAAAUGGCGAAUAUUUAGGCUAGUGGUAAUCAUUACAACAGAUGCCUGGCGAUAGUGAUGAGGAUGUAGUAAGCAUGUAUUCGUAUCGUAUAUAUCGACCAGCAGAGUCCCAUUAUAUAUAUAGCGUACACAUACACAAAUGCGGGAAGCAAGCAAUUUGUGACAACUCGAAUCAUAUUGUAAAUAUACUGAACGAUCGAAAUAAAAAGUGAAUAAAUCCUGAA